GAGUCACCGGCACUUUACUAUCAAGAGCUUCAAGAAGAGUUCGCAACAAGAAACAUGCAACAGGACACAAUGGUUCCAGAAAUGGAGUGCGGAAUCUGCUACCAAUCUUACAACACCGGUCGGCGGUGUCCUCGGCAGCUGAGCUGCAAACACUCGUUUUGUGAGAGCUGUCUGUCGAUGCUCGCGCAAUCCGCGAAGAUUCCCGAGCCCCGGAUAGCGUGUCCGCUGUGCCGUCACUCCACGUCGCUGUCAGAUGCGAGAGUCCAGGAGAACCUACCCGUAGACGAGGACAUUUUUGAGCGGCUAGUAUCCGCGGGCAGCUUGGAGGAGUGUACGGAUGACGACGAAGACACCGAGGAGCCCAAGCAGGACGCGUCCAGCCCACCAAAAGAGGAUGUUUCACCGCCACCAAGAUCACGAAAAGGACACCUGAUGAAAUGCAUACGGCGCCUGUGUAAAAAAGUCAACGGGGAUGUGCGGAGAAAUUGCAUGACUGAUGCGGACUUGAAGGACCUGGCAAUGAUGUCCUGCUACAUGAUGUGAAAAGUUGUUGAACUGUUGUUCUCAGACAUUCCAAAAGAUGAAACCACACAUGCAUGAUUUAAGAGACCAGGUGUAAUCAUUUGAAUCAACGACUGGAAAACGUACUGCUUUACUGCUAUUCCGAAUAAUUGGGAUGGGCAUGGCUCCUUCCAUGUCUGUGGGUGUCAGUGCCCUGCCUCAAGCUAAUGGGUGACAACUCGCAAUGGGAGCCUAUAAAUGCCAUGUGUUUGUGUUUGUGUUUCCACUGAAAAGGUGGAAUGUCAGUGCCUGCGGGACACAGGAGGACUGUUUGCUUUUGGGUGUGACUUGUUGCCAUAGCAGACAUUUAGGGUUGUCCCAGAGCAACCCAUAAACAUAAACAAAACAUG